AUGCUAAAACCUCAAAAGGGAGGAGAAAGAAUAUUUUUAAAGAUAGCCGAAAGAGAAAGAGGAUAUCUAAAAAUAGCCUGGACUACAUUCAUCAUUUGCAUAAAAUGUUUUAGUGGGAUGAUGAAAUUAGUCGUUGCUGUCGCCUGUCUUUUGGCUGUUGCUAAUGCCGGUAUGUACGGUAUGGGGAUGUACGGAAUGGGUCUUGGAGGCAUGGGGAUGUACAAUCCAAUGCUUAUGGCUGGUAUGUACAACCCUAUGCUUAUGAGCGGUAUGUACAACCCAAUGGCUAUGAUGUAUGGUGGACUCGGUGGUCUUGGAAUGAUGGGUGGUUUAGGAAUGAUGGGUGGUAUGGGAAUGAUUGGAGGUAUGUCACCCUAUGGUAUGGGAUUCGGUGGUGCUGGCUUUGGAUCACCAGCUUUUGGUGGACAAGAUACUACACAAACUACUAUUAAAAGGUUGUAAAGAUGUAAUGUGUAGAAGAGCUUGGUUUAGUAAUAAAGAAAUUAAAAG